CAAUGUGAUGAUUGUGGACAGUAAGAAGCAGCCACUUAAAGUCAAACUUAUUGACUUUGGUCUGGCACGUCCAGUAUCCGCUGUGGAGCCUGGAGUCUGUGUACAGACCACAUGGUACAGGGCACCGGAGGUGAUGCUUCAUCUACCAUUUGAUGAGGCUAUAGACAUGUGGUCUCUGGGUCUGGUUGCUGCGGAGCUGGCAACCGGGAGCCCACUCUACCCUGGGGACACAGACUAUGAUGUGCUGAGGUUCAUCCUAGAAACUCAGGGCCAACCGGCAGAUGAUGUGCUGGACCGUGGCAUGGGCACUGAAUAUUAUUUCAGAGAGCAACGCCACGGCCAGCAGCGCUGGAUGUUCAAGUCACCUGAACAGUUUGCGUAUGAGACGGGGGUCUACGCGAACGAGACCAGAUGCCAAAGGCUCAAGAGCCUUGAUGACCUUGAGCAUCUGAUGAUGGACAGUGACCAUCAAACUGAACAGCGUCUGUUGGUUGACCUGAUCAAGAGGAUGCUGGAGCUUGAUCCAGAACAGCGGAUCAAACCCCUGGAGGUUCUGCAGCAUCCUUUCUUUGCCCAGAGCCCUCCUCAGAGGGCCCACAUCUGUGUCCAGAUGUCCGAAGAGGAACCACCAACACUGAGCCCGCAGUGUUCCGGGUUCAGGAGAAGAACCGCCUCCCUGGCUGCCGGAUUGGAGGACAACAAUGGAGAGGUGGACGUCCAGCCAAACGACAACGCUGACAACGACGGCUGGCUAAGACGUUUGAUCCUCAGGAAGGCUGUUCCACAGACGAGGACCAGAGUGAGAAAAAGUGCCUCACCAUGGGUGAAAAGGAUACUACCUGUGGAUCUCAGGGUUCAUAGUGUAAAAGCAAAUAUGUUGUUUUGUUUUGCUUUUAUGUGCUUCUACAAUGGGUAAGUAGGCUACAUUGAGUUUUGUUGUGGCUGUUUUUACGAUCAUUGGUCUGUAUGGGGUAAACUGUCACAAUUGGGUAUCACUCCGCUUGAUGAAAAAAUGUUGGUCUAACAAUCUGCUGUAAAACUGAAACAUUUAAGGUCAACUUCGCCCCUCUGUGGUGGACUAACUUAUUGAUCAGUGGUGGCUUCGUUUCGGCUGAACCACGCCCCUUAGCUGUGAUAUAAUCACAACAUAUCUAUUGCUAUUGCUAAGCUAUUGCUUAAUUGUCCCUCGAGGGACAAAUAAAGUAUUGUGGAUUGGACUGAAAUUGAUCUGCACUGUGCAGCUUCAUGCAGCUUCCUUUCACAAAUAAACUAGGUACUGGAGCCGCUUCUGGUGGAAUCACCAGCAUUGCACUGCAGCGAUCAGCUCUGGUGGCUACGUGACGAGUCAAGUAGUCACAAUCUGGCAUUUUGCAGAAAGAACUGGAGCUGUUUUUGGAGGACAGUGUCAGCCGCUAAAUCACAAUUGCAAACGCUGUUUUUUUGCAGCAAUGUACACCUUUAUUAGACAGGCGAUAGACAGCUCAGAGAAAAUUAGGUGAAAAAGAGAGGGGGAACAACAUGGAACAAGGUUUGGUUCAUAGUUGAGUCCAGUCUGGGGACGUUGCAGUUCAUGGUUUGGCGCUUUAAACUUUUAGGCCAGCAGGGCGCACUGCAAAAACUGCUUUAAAGAUUUGUUUUUGUGUUAAAAAUGCACCUGCAGAUUUGGCCUCUUUGGAGUUCUUAGUUAGGUAGCUCUGAAAACUCUGAGCUUUUAUAUCUUAUGUUAAUUAGUGUUCAAUCUAAUGAUUCAACCUAAUAACUUUGAUGUGCGCUGUGCUUUAGAGUGUUUUUUCUGCUUUACAAGAGGUUCGUUACUUAAAACACUAAAAGUAGGUCAGCAGCAUGUUUUUACCUCCACUGAGGUUAGCAGGAGAGCUAAUAAUAUGUUUGAAUGGACUUAGGAAUUAGGCCACAGACCAAGGAGCAAGUAAUUAGUUCAGUUUAAGAUUAUUUUUUUGGCAUUUUCAGCUUUAUUGCACAAAUUGAGAGUGAAGCGGCAGACAGGAAACCAGGGGUGAGACAUACAACAAAGGUAGCUGGGUGCAAACCAGCAAUG